CCAAGGCUUCCCCUCAUUUCUCUCUGCGUCCAUCUUGUGGUUCUUCUGUCGGUUCUCGGGCUCAUCCACUACAGUUCAACAUCUUAAUUUUUCAGAUUAAAGAGCCUUCGGCAACUUCGCGAUCGAUUGCUGCUCCAGCUUACGUGUGUCGCCAACGUCUUGCCAUGGCAGUCAUUCUUGAUCUCCCCGACGAGCUGCUCCUGCAUAUUGCAACAUUUUUGGAGUACGACAGGCCCGCUCUAUAUAGAAUUGCGCUCAUCUCGCGGCGCUUGCGAUAUAUCGCGGAGCAGCUUUUAUAUCGACAUAUCGAACCACUAUACCAGGAUGAGCAGGGCAAAACUACGGGCGACAGACGAUAUGUACUGUUACAUCGCACCUUUAACGAGAACCCGCAUGUUCUAAAGCUUGUAUGGAGCUGUGAAGCUACCAUGCUCAUGUCAAAAGAUACGAAGGAAGUCUACCUCGGUGGAGUAGAGUAUGGGAAGCGACGUCGCCCCGUUGGAAGAGGUGGUCAACCCUUCCCGGAUGAGGAAGGAGCAAUAUCGUCUUCGUCGUCCGUUUCAAGAACAUCUCAAUUUCUACCCAGGGAUUUGUCGUGCUUUCUAAACUUAAGGGAACUGCGAAUUACCGCAUUCCGCCGUUCUUACAUCCGUUUACACAGGCUGGAGACGAUGGCGCUGUCCCUCGAGCCAUCCAUUCUUCAAAACGUGUCGUCCAUAACGCUCGUACAGAGACUAGAUGUUUCUGAGGUAUUAUUGUUUCUGAAACUGCCCAAAAUUCGCACGCUCGUCGCGCAUUUCAUUACAUCACGCUCGCCUAGGCCUGAUCACCCAAACUUUCUCGGUAAACAUCAAAGCACCUUGCGUCGACUCUUGUUAUGCGGUCUCCAAUCGCAUGGUCAACCCGAAACUCGGAUUCCUGUUGUGACCCAGAUUAUGCGCCACUGUCCCUUGCUCGAGGAGCUUCGAUGGACCCCAGCGCUGGAGCGCAGGUACAGCAAUAGCUCGGAUUAUUGGACCAGUUCUGAUGAUUGGACAAAAUUCUCUGCGCACCCUUUCCUUGAAUGCCUACAUUUGGUCGGGGAUACCCUUACAACACUAGAACUAGCUCUAGAAGACGCAAGAAGACUAUUCAGCAUGUUCGCACACCAAGAAGGAUUCCCCGUGGACUUUGCUCAACUUCGAUGCCUGAAAUAUCUCAAGAUCAACAGUUUUUUUCUCACGCCAGGAUUUCCCUUGUGGAAUACCUCCCAAACCUUAGAACACGACGAGCCUAGGUUGUACGAUCGUCAGAGGGCUGCCUAUCGGGUUCAAAGGCAAAACAUUCACCGACAACUACCGCAUAGCAUCGAGAUUCUUCAUAUCAUUUUUCCAAUCCAUUACGCGAUGUUCAACAACCUAUUUGAUAAUAGCUUUAUACAUGAAGACAAUAACAAGUCUCACAUUUCCCGGGACUGUUAUAAAUGGAUCUUUCAAUUCGCACUCGCUAAGAAAAGUGCUUUAGAGAACCUGAAGCACGUCACUCUAGAAGACGAGCCGCGAUACCUUAGAAGCCCUUUCCCUGCCCGCCAAAACAAUGUAUUAUUCGAGCGCGAGCUUUUUUUCAUCCCGUGGCAACAGCCGGAGGAGAUUAAAGUUGCGUUCUCAGAUGCCAAAGUUCGUUUAGAUGUCCGAUAUGGUGCGCGCUGCGAUGUCGCCCGCGCAUCGCUGGAUUUCACGAACAGAUGCGAGUGAGGACCCCAAGGAUCUACCAAGCCAAGCAGUUCUAAAUUUCGCAACAUGCGACUAUUGGGCUGCAUAUUAAGGCACCCAGCGAAAGGAC